AUGGAACAGAUACUGACUUCGCGACGUACUACUCUACAAGAAAUGUGCAGUAAAGAAUUCAACAAUAGUGUCAAAACAAAAGGACGAGCUCCGUCCUUCUUUUAUUCUAAAUCAGCAAAAGUAGCUUGUUGUAAGGCUCCAAAAACAGGUAGCUCGUUUUGGGGAACGGUAGUCUUAGCAAUUGAAUCACGGAAAAAUGCCUCUGAUACAUUUCAUAUUAACAGGAAUUCUGUUCACGGAAGAAACGAGAUUGAUGUCAAAAAAUUUCGAAACAUCACACGUGAGUCACUAACACUGAUGGUUUCUAGGGAACCCUACAGCCGAUUGUUCUCCGCUUUCGUCGAUAAGUAUUUUCUUCUCGGGCAGCUUGGUCGGGAAAUUCAAAAAGCAUUAAAGAAGCAGCCAUUUAUAAUGAACGGAGGGAUAUGUGGCUAUGGCGUAACAUUUACAGAUUUUUUAAAUUAUAUAACUGAUAGGGCUUUGAGAGGAAUGGAGUUGAAUGAACAUUUUAUGCCAAUCGUCAAACUGUGUGAUGCAUGUGCAAUAAAAUAUGAUGUCCUUAGCAAACAGGAAUCGCUCACAAAGGACACAGAACAUAUUCUAGACUUGCUGAAAUUUUCUGAUGAAAAGAAAAAUGACAUUCAAACUAGUUUGAAAAAAGGAAUUAAAAACACGAUAUAUUCUUUAGUUGCAUCAUAUUUGACUGACUACAGUAAGUAUCGCACCGACUGUCCAGACAGAGUAAGCCAUUUUGAAAAAGUUUGGAAAACUCUGCAAGUACAAGGUUAUGUGAGUACAAGAGCAGCAUAUCCAGCAGGCGAAUUCCAGAAAAUGACAACUUUCGAUGCCGACACUAUAACUUCAUUAAUCCUCAGAGAGAUGGAAAGGUUCCCGUUAAGAAAAGAGGAAAAAGCAGUGCAGCGCAAGUCUGCUUUGUCGAUAGCCUAUGCAGACGUUGGACCAGAAACUAUUGCCAAGAUUCAGAAGGUUUACAAAAUGGAUUUUCUUUUAUUCGGUUAUAAUAUGACGCCACCGGAUAAACGACCUGGUGCAAUUACGUUGUAA